AUGGCCAGCCCAAGGCUUCGGUGGCGUGACCAGCUGCUGUUUGUGAGCAUCAUAGUCCUCGUGGUUGUGGUCAUCUGCCUGAUGUUAUACGCUCUUCUCUGGAAGGCUGGCAACCUCAUUGACCUGCCCAACCUGAGAAUCGGCUUCUACAACUUCUGCCUGUGGAAUGAGGACACCGGCACCCUACAGUGUCACCAGUUCCCUGAGCUGGAGGCCCUGGGGGUGCCUCGGGUUGGCCUGGCCCUGGCCAGGCUUGGCAUGUAUGGGGCCCUAGUCCUCACCCUCUUUGCCCCCCAGCCUCUCCUCCUAGCCCGGUGCAACAGUGAUGAGAGGGCAUGGCGGCUGGCAGUGGGCUUCCUGGCUGUGUCCUCUGUGCUGCUGGCCGGCGGCCUGGGCCUCUUCCUCUUCUAUGUGUGGAAGUGGGUCAGGCUCUCCCUCCCAGGGCCUGGGUUUCUAGCUCUGGGCAGUGCCCAGGCCUUACUCAUCCUCUUGCUUAUGGCCAUGGCUGUGUUCCCUCUGAGGGCUGAGAGCAAGCUUGAGAGCUGCUAAAGGCUUAUGUAAUUGCAAGGGUUCAGUUCCAACCAUGGUCAGAGGUGGCACAUCUGCUCAGCCAUCUCAUUUUACAGCUAACGCUGAUCUCCAGCUCCAGCGAUGGAACCCACUACAGAGGAGGUGGGGCCCCCAUAUCAAAGAGGCCAAGGGGCGGCAAGGGCAGCCAGGGCACCUGCAGCUUCUUAGUAUAAGAUUGUCUGUCCUUCAGGACUUCCAAGGCUCCCAAAGACUCCCUAAACCACGCAGCUCAUUGUCACACCAAUUCCUGCUUUAAUUAAUGGAUGUGAGCAAAUCUUCCUCUAGCUUCAGGAGGGUGGGGAGGGAGCGAUUGCUGUCACGGGGCCAGACUUCCAAGCUGAUUUGCCAAAUGCCAAACUGAAACCUAGCAAAGACUUAUGGCAAUAAACAAGGACAUUAAAAGAGCGAGCACCUCAGUGUCUCUGGGGGCAUGGUUAAGGAGCUUCCACUCGGCCCACCAUGGUGAGCAGGCCGCCAUAAGCCAUCACUGGAACUCCAACCCCAGAGGUCCAGGAGUGAUCUCUGAGUGACUCAACAAAGACAGGACACAUAGGGUACAAAGACAAGCCUUGACUGCUUCAAAGCUUCCCUGGACCUGAAGCCAGACAGGGCAGAGGCGUCCGCUGACAAAUCACUCCCAUGAUGAGACCCUGGAGGACUCCAAAUCCUCGCUGUGAACAGGACUGGACGGCUGCGCACAUACAAACGCUGCCACCCUCCACUUCCCAACCCAGAACUUGGAAAGACAUUAGCACAACUUACACAUUGGGGAAUUGUGUGUAUUUUCCAGCACCUGUGUAUUUGAAAACCUGUGUGGCGAGUGAUUUACUCAUCUAUUCCUGUCCAAAGCCACAAUGAAAACAAAGGCAGAAACAUGUA